AAUAGUAAUACUUGUUAUCUUUAUCAUAAGUCAAACAUGGACCAAAUUACUUCUAUCUUAUCCCAAGUUGAUGCUAGAACUUCUCACAUUGGUAUUUUAGGCCAAUUCGAACAACAAUCAGGUUUACCCAGAUCAUAUGCUGUGAUUGCCGCGAUAGGUGUCUACUUCGUGUUGAUUUUCUUAAAUGUCGGUGGAAUUGGCCAAUUGUUAAGUAAUAUCGCUGGGUUUGUGGUUCCUGGUUACUACUCCUUGGUUGCCUUGGAUACUCCUGGAACCGACGAUGAUACCAAAUUAUUGACCUACUGGGUUGUGUUUGCGUUCUUGAAUGUCAUUGAAUUCUGGUCCAAGGCUAUCCUUUAUUGGAUUCCAUUCUACUGGUUAUUCAAGACCGUCUUUUUGUUGUACAUUGGUAUCCCAGCUUUUGGUGGUGCUGUUUCUGUUUACAACUCCAUCAUCAAGCCUAUCUCUGAUCAAGUUAUCAGCGGUGGUGGCAACAUUGCCCACGACAUCGAUGAUUUGGCUACUGGUGUUUCUACUGGUGUUAAUUUUUAGAGGAUCUAGGAUAUAUAUGAUUAUAUCAAUUUAAAGAUUUUGUUUGAGACUGUAGUCGAACAUAUGUUCAACGAGUUUUCCGUUUAAAUGGUAAUUGAAUUUGAUUCUGAAUUUCACUUUGCUUCCUUCCUUGCCAGUUAACUUUAUGUUUUGCACAAUCACAUCGGAUGGGCUUACCAAGUUGACUAAGUUAUUGGUGGAAAUGGUCAAUUUUUGAGACUUAGGAACAGCGAUAAGCAAUUGGAAGUUGGUGAUAGCUUGGGAUGUUUUCGACUGUAUAUGGGAUUCGAUUUGGGCAAAUCCAUUGCCAACAGACUUGGGAAGAAACUUGAUCACAAUGUUGGCAUCGGUAUAGAUGAUGAGCUCUUCAGCCACUGGAACUGAAGUAGGUGCAGUAUGGGAAACUGUCGGUGCAUCAAAAAGAUCAAGAAUAUCAUUGUGGGCUCUUGGAUUGGCUGAGGUUGAUUUAGAAUUACUGAAAAUAUCUGACAAUAAGUCGUUCUUAAUAACCACUUCAGGUUUCUUCUCGACAUCAUCAUUAAAGUCCAACAAAUCAUUCUCAAGCGCAACCCUGUUAUCCGAGUGGGACUUUGGUGUUGGGGUCAGUCUCUUGUUGGUGCUAUCAUUCAAUGUUAACAUUUCUUUCUUCUUAAGUUUUGGUGCUGGCAUCUUUGAUAACAACCCCUUUCUCAACUUAGAAUCUUGAGUCAAGAUUUGUAAAUAUUCCACAGAUCUUAUUUGAAUCUCCAAAUCCGAACUAUUGGCAUGAGAUUCCAACAAUAACUUGAUCUGGUUUAAUGAGCUGUUGUUGCUAAACUUAUUUGACAACUUAAUCAACGAAUUGAUGAUGUAGCUGGUUAA